AUGACUUCCAUCGAUACUCCAACGAGCUCCGAGUCCGACGAAGGAUCUCGCAAGAUGGAUCUCGUAUACUUCAACAACGACUUUCCCAAGGACGACUUGCAGAAUCUCUUUCGCCAUCUUCGCAACCAAGCCAAGACCAGACAGCAUACAAUACUGGCCCACUUCUUGGCUACUGCUACCAGCUCUGUGAAACAUGAGAUCCAGACGCUUUCAGCAGACCUGAAGCAAAGCUUCCGACCAUUCGAAUCGCUAUUGGAUUGGGCAGAUGAUACUGAACUUCGGAAGAGCUCUCUGUGCAGCGCUGUAGACGGAGUCCUGCUGGUGAUUCUUCAGCUGGCUGCUCACAUUGGAUUCUUGCAAUAUCCGGAUGCAAACAUCACUGCUCUUGGAAUAGGCCUUCUCUCGGCCGCGGCCCUGUCUUCUUCGACCACUUUGACGGAGCUAGCCUCGAAUGGCUCCAACUCUGUGCUCUUGGCAUUCCGAAUGGGCAUCUACGUCGGUAAUGUCUCGAAAGAUCUCGAUGUUUUGGAGCCGGGUGAGAACUCGGAUUCUUGGGCGUACGUCGUUCAGAAUGUCGAUCUUGAUGCCGUCAGAACUGAGCUUGAUAACUGGAACCAAGACAAAGGAGGCCCUACGACAGGCAGAAUCUUUGUGAGCGCAUACGGCCAAACUUCAGUGACCAUCAGUGGACCGCCUUCGCGACUGACAGCCCUGGUGUCAAAAUCGCAUUUCUUCCGCACUGCGAGGUACAUGGCGCUACCCGUCUACGGCGGACUCUGUCAUGCUCCUCAUAUCUACGGGGCCGAUGAUAUUCGAAAGUUGAUGUCUGGCAUCAGUUUUUCUGAAAAGGACAUCUCAACCCUGCCACUCUAUUCGACCAGCUCUGGCCGCCCUUACGCUGCUCGCAGCUUUGCUGGAGUGAUCGAGCAUGUUUUGAACGAGCUGUUGACUCAAGCCAUCUGUUGGGACAGCGUGAUAGCUGGCCUAUCGCAUCGUAUAGGAUCGCCUGCAACCGCUCUCACCGACAAUCUUCCAUCGCUGGAAGUCUCGACUGACAUCCUGACGACUUGGAUCUACAAACCUACGAACAACAACUGUGAACCACGAUCUCCAGGACAAUCCAAACUAGCCAUCGUGGGUAUGUCUUGCAGGCUUCCAGGCGGUGCCACAAGCACAGAGAAGUUCUGGAAACUCCUCGAGGACGAACUUGACGUCUCGCGACAGGUCCCAGCAGACAGAUUCGAUGUCGAAACACACUACGACCCGACUGGCUCGGACUUGAACAAGACGAUGACACAGUACGGCUGUUUCAUAGAUGAGCCAGGCAUGUUUGAUGCAUCUUUCUUCAACAUGUCUCCUCGGGAAGCUCAAACAGUUGAUCCGCAGAUGCGUCUGGCUCUGGUCACCGCUUAUGAAGCGCUCGAGCAAGCUGGAUGUGUAGGCGACCGUACUGCAGCAACGCAGCUUCAACGCGUAGGCACCUGGUACGGACAGGCUGCUGACGACUAUCGUGAGGUCAACCAAGGACAGUCUGUCGGUACGUACUACAUUCCUGGUGGAUGUCGCGCUUUUGGUCCAGGGCGUAUCAACUACUUCUUCAAAUUCGCAGGCCCUAGCUACAGUGUCGACACAGCUUGCUCCUCGGGUCUGGCUGCAAUUGAGGCGCUUUGGAACGGCGAAGUGGAUACUGCCAUCGCUGGUGGUCUCAACGUCUUGACCAACCCAGACGGCUUUGCUGGUCUCUGCAAUGGCCACUUCUUGACCAAGGGACAUAAUGCAUGCAAGACAUGGGACGCGACUGCAGAUGGAUACUGUCGCGCUGAUGCGAUCGGCUCCGUAGUCAUCAAAAGACUGGAGGAUGCUGAAGCAGACAACGACAAUAUCCUGGGCGUUAUUCUCGGUGCAGGAACGAAUCAUUCGGCACAAGCUGUCUCCAUCACCCAUCCUCACGCUGGCCACCAAGCCGAUCUGUCUCGUCAAGUUCUUCGAAAGGCUGGCGUUGACCCAUUGGACGUCUCCUACGUUGAGCUGCAUGGCACUGGAACUCAAGCCGGAGACCAUGAGGAGAUGAAAGGCAUCAUGGAUGUGUAUGCGCCACUCUCCAAAAGACGUCGCAAUGACCAACCUCUGUAUAUUGGAGCCGUCAAGUCAAACGUCGGCCACAGUGAAUCUGGAGCGGGCACCACAGCUUUGAUCAAAGUCCUUCUGAUGCUUCAGAAGAACGCCAUCCCACGUCACGUAGGCAUCAAAACUGAGAUGAACAGCAGAUUUGCCAACGAGCUCGGCAAGCGCAACAUGCAUGUUCCCUUCGAAGAGACGGCAUGGAACAGAGAUCCUGCUGGGAAACGCCUUGCAGUGGUCAACAACUUCGGAGCCGCAGGUGGAAACACAACAAUGCUCUUGGAAGACGCCCCGAUUCGCGACGUUCCUCAAGCAGACCCUCGUGGAAUCUAUCCAGUGGUCCUUUCCGCAAAGACGAAGUACUCCCUGAGAGAGAACAUCACAAGGAUGAUCAACCACCUCGAAUCCAAGCCCGAUCUCAACAUCGCGGAUCUGUCCUACACCACCACAGCCCGUCGCUUGCAUCACAGCUAUCGCUACGCAACGGCAGUCUCAGAUACUGGAUCUCUGAAGAAGAAGCUUGUCGCUUACCUUGACAAGAUUGAGGCAUUGAAGCCUCUGGGAAAAUCUGCGAAGCCCCAGAUCGCCUUCACAUUCACUGGGCAAGGAGCAUCGUACAAGUCCAUGAGCUUGCAGUUGUACCGCGACCUUCCAAGCUUCAGAGAGUCCAUACAGCAGUUGGAUGAUCUUGCCAAGAUUCAAGGGUUCUCGUCAUUCAUUCCAGCUCUUGACGGAUCCCACGACAAAGACCACCUUCACGAUCCUGUCAUUACACAGCUUGCACUUGUCUGCACCGAGAUCGCUCUGACCAAAUACUGGGAGAAACUUGGCAUCAAACCCGAUGUUGUCUGUGGUCACAGUCUCGGCGAAUAUGCCGCGAUGCAUGCAGCAGGCAUUAUCAGUGCUAGUGAAGCAAUCUUCAUGGUGGGACGUCGUGCUCAGAUGCUGAUGGAACGAUGCCAGUCAGGCAGCCAUAUCAUGAUGGCGGUUCGUGCCUCUACGACACAGAUCACUGAGCUGUCUGCAGGCAAAGACUAUACUGUUGCAUGCAUCAACGGACCCUCUGACACCGUGCUCAGCGGCACCAAGCAGCAGAUGGAUGACAUGUGUCGAGCACUGGAAGCAAGUAGUUUGCGCUGCAUCAUGCUGGACGUGGCUUUUGCAUUCCACUCGGAGCAAACAGACCCGAUACUGGACGACUUCGAAGCCGCUGCAAAAGCAGGUGUCAUCUUCCGUGAGCCGAAGCUCCCCAUACUCUCGCCCUUGCUGGGCAAAGUUGUCUUCGAUGGCAAAACUAUCAAUGCGAAGUAUGUCCGACAAGCUACAAGAGAGACUGUCAACUUCGUAUCCGCCUUGGAGAGUGCUCAUGAAGCAUCUGCGAUCAGUGAGGACACUAUCUGGGUUGAGAUAGGACCACAUCCCGUAUGCACUAGCUUUGUAAAGUCGACCUUGGCUGAUACUAGAUUGGCUGUCCCAUCGCUGCAGAGAACCGAAGACAACUGGAAGACGAUGUCCGAGAGUCUGACUGCUCUUUCUCUACACGGCGUCGACGUUCGUUGGCAAGAGUUUCAUCGUUCAUUCGAGCAGAACCUGCGACUUCUCGACUUGCCGGCUUAUGCUUGGGACGAGAAGAACUACUGGUGCCAGUACCAAGGCGAUUGGUGUUUGACCAAAGGUAAUGACUUCUACAGCACCAAGGAGCAGAAACCGCCAACAAAGAACCCGCUGGCAAGUGAAGUCCAGACAUCGACAGUGCAGAGUAUAAUUGAGGUCAAUUUCGAUGGCGCAGCUGGUACGGUGACUAUGGAAUCCGAUCUCAUGCAGGCAGACUUCCUCGCUGCAGCUCAUGGACAUCGUAUGAACGACUGCGGAGUGGUUACAUCUUCCAUCCAUGCCGAUAUCGCUUUCACACUGGGCCAGUAUCUGCUCAAGAAGUCCGGUUGCAAGACAAGCAAGACCGGCAUCAAUAUUACAGAGCUCGAUGUGACACGAGGACUUGUGGCACAAAAAGACACGAAGACCCCUCAGAUGAUUCGAGUGACAGCAUCUACUGCAGACAUGACUUCGGGACUCGCCAACAUGACAUGGUGCAACGUGGAUAACAGCGGUCCUGCUGAGUGGCUCUCAUCUUGGACGCCAUUGAGUCAUCUCAUCGAAAGCCGCAUCGAGGCUCUCACCGAUCUUGCCAGCAAAGGCCAAGCCAGUCGUUUCACAGGAAACAUGGCCUACACAUUGUUCGCAGGCAACCUGGUCGACUAUGCCGACAAGUACCGUGGCAUGCAAAGCGUUGUGCUGCGAGGACUGGAAGCCUUCGCCGACGUGCAACUGACGACGCAUGAAGGUGGAGUCUGGACAGUGCCGCCUUAUUUCAUCGACAGUGUUGCUCAUCUUGCUGGUUUCAUCAUGAAUUGUUCCGACGCUAUGGACACACACAAGAACUUCUGCGUAACCCCUGGUUGGAAAUCAAUGCGAUUUGCCAAACCACUUGUCGCCGGCAUGACAUAUCGCUCAUAUGUCAAGAUGAUCCCGACCCCCGAUGAUACUAGCGUUUACACUGGAGAUGUGUAUAUCAUGCAGGAAGGCCAGAUCAUCGGCCUGGUGGGAGGCAUCAAAUUCCGUCGUUAUCCACGGCUGUUGCUCAGUCGCUUCUUCUCACCGCCAGAUAAGGCCAGCAUCUCUGUGCCGCAAAAGACCUCUCACACUGUACAAGUAUCAAAAGCACCAGAGGUCGCCACUGCCACACAAAAGCCCAGUAAUGAGCAAAAGCAGAAGCCCAUCGCAUCUGUCAAAGUGGACGCGCCGGUGGUCGCCAACAAGUCUGCUGCUAUAGUCGAAGCAGCAAGCUCAAGCUCACCUACAAUCGUUGACAGAGCCCUCGAGCUCAUCGCGAAAGAGGCCGAUCUUGAUAUCGCAGAUUUGAAAGACGAUGCCGACUUUGCGGACCUUGGAGUCGACAGUCUCAUGUCACUUGUCAUUACCGAGAAGUUCAAGACAGCGCUGGAUGUGCAUGUCGGUGGCAGUCUGUUCCUGGACUACCCGAGCAUCGGUGACUUGCGUGGCUGGCUGGAGUCGAGUUACGGAUAG